AGCGGCACCUUCAGAUUGAGCUAGAGAUUUACAUUUCCGAUAUAGAAAGAAAAUCAUGACUCAGCUUCGACUUUGUAGUCGUGUACGUAGAUGGACGCAGUUUCAUCUACUUUUGUAGUCGUGUAAAGUUGAAGACGAAAAUUUCAAUCCCCAUAAUGCGCUUGCCACGGUCCCCAGUGGUCCCCAGUUGUAGUCCCGCAGCGCCGUUUCCUGUCCACGUCCCACAAGGCCACGUGCUGCUUAGCUUGAAAUAGGAGAAACGCCAAGCGGGGAGCGCGUUGUGGAAGAAAAGUCGUGGAGCUCUACCAUUGCACACCAGAUAAAAUGCAGAGCAGAAUGAACAACAACCGGGCACCACUACACGCCCGCAACCAUGCGGCACAGGAACCGUCCUGGCCGCCACGGUAUUCGACUGUCGGCGCCUUUCCCAGCGGGACGACGAGUGAAAGUUUACGCGCACCAAGUGCAGGCGGUGGCGGAGGCGGGAGAGCAGUAAAUGCAGCGACUUCAUCUGAAAACUCUGCAGCGGCGGCGUAUCCGAGCAGCACGAACUUCGGAAACUAUGCCUCAAAUGCUGGCGCACUCGCACCUGAACAUCAAGAGAAUUUCCAGUGGCCCGACUUCCAUACCUUGACACGGCUUCCGAACAAGCAGGCCUCGCCUCACCAAACAGCAGGUAUGAACCAGCAGCUGUUUGUAGACGAUAUUUCGUCGCGAGGAGCAUCAGCGACCGUGCAAGCAGGCAUCCCGACUGCUGGGGGGCGUCAGCCCUAUCAAUCUUUGCACAGAGCAGGGGCAAAUGUAACCCAGCCAAACCCGCAAAAGCGAGACGUGAAACAUGUUCUCGCAGCCGCAGCGGCUUCGUUCUUGGAAACAUCAUUCCGGGACAGAAACUGUUCAGAUGCAACUAACAGUGCUGCUGGUUGCUUUGUCCAUUCGAGCCCGAGCAAUUAUCACGUGGAUGGCAGCGAGCAAGCACAGGCGGGCGUCCUCAACAAUUGUAGAGAUGGCGCGGGGAUGCAGAACUACGAAUUUAACCAGGUCCAGAAUGUUGUAAACCAACACGGCCAGCAACUGGAUACACCUAUGUUCGAUCAAAGAGUGUCGACGUGUUCCCGGAAUGUACAAGCGGUUUCCGCUAUGGCACAGGGUACUAGUUCUGAGCUGAUGCGGACGAGACCCGAAGCACAAUUUCCGCAGGCACACUUGCCUUUGCCGCAGGAGCAAAGCUUGGGCAACCCCCGGCGCAGUGGAUUUACAAGCGACUUCGACAUGCUCCGUCGAAGAGAAGAUACCAAUCCGGACCAUAUGUUUUUACCGGAGGUUACGAAAAGACAUGAAAUGCACCGACGGACCCCGAGCGGUCGGGACAAUAUUUUUAAUGCUGACGAUCGUCUAGUGCAAACAAAUAUCACGGCGAAAAAAGACGACAGAUCUCGGUCUCCUGACCCUGGCCGCACGUCUGCUCGGAAUUAUCGUCGAGGAAGUAGAAGUCCGCACCGAAGCGGCGGGCGACAUGGUCGAGGAAGAACGCCACGGAGCAGAUUUAUUCGGCGGGGUAGCCGACGGCACCAGAACAACAGCCGCAGCCGCUCGCGACGUAAACAGAGGCGGGACUCGCGGCGGGGGGGCGAAAGAACACCGUCUACAAGGAAGCCGCAACGCGACCGGCGGCGAGGCGACUCUCGGUCUGGGCGUGUCCUCGCCAAGGAUCCUCGCAGAGAUCAUGAUGCAGUUGACCGGCGAGGAGCGCGAGGAUCUUCCAGAUCGCCCCUGCAUCGAUCUCACCGAAACGACCGGACUCCCGGUUCGCAACACUGGCGAGGACGGCAUGAAGCAGAGGAACACGACCGGAAGCGCCGCCGCGAGAGCAGGUGCACCAUCAGAGCGGGCCGGCCGGGGGACGACGGAGGUGAAGUACGAAGGAGAGCGGUAGUGUCACAUUCGUCGAUGUCUGCUCGUCAACGAGCACACGUCGCCUCCGAUCACGAAAUGAAACGCAGCGAGCCUUUGGAAGAAGUACCACGAAGGGCGGAGGACUACCACCACGGCGAGAAGAGUUCUGCAAGUUCUGGUUUCGUCACGAACAAUAAUGCAACUACCCGAAAUCAUCAUCAUGUUGAAAGGAACCCAAACUUGAUUCCGCUCGGGAGCAGGAAAAAGGACGCUGGAGAAGGCCAAGAAGUACAGCCAGUAGAUAGCAGCAACGCGACGCUCGGCUCCACCAGGCCUGCACCAGAUGUGUCGUGCAAAGAGCGAACAAACGGAGCACCGACUGAGGAUGAACAAGACUGGCAAACCAGCCGGCCCCAGCACUUCGGAGGGGGGAAGGAAAACCAUAGUGGCGCAGCAACCACGACAUCGGCCCAAGCACAACGAGAUGAAACUCAGCGGCCGACUUCAGCUGUCUCGGCGGAAACGAAGAAUCCCAAUCUCAUUCCACUCGGCAAGAAGCCAAGGCGCCCGCUUUCCUCCGCGGAAGAAACACAGAAUCCCAAUCUCAUUCCACUCGGCAAGAAGACAAUCAACUGCCCAGGAGCUCAGGAUCAUCUCUUGGGAAAGGACAGAGAGGCGCAGGGCGGGGGUGUGGGUCCUACUUCUAUAGGCGCAGCUUCUACCGCGUCAAAACUAACAAAAAGACCCGAAGCAGCACUAUCCGCGACGACGCGGCGGCCAGCGACGACCGCAGCGAAAAAACACAAAGCUGCAGUUGCAGUGCCGAAAGUUGCAAAGGACAUGACGAAAUCGAAACAGAAACAAGAAAAAGAGGGGAGCCAGAAGAUGAAUCAAUCUCUUCUCGGGGCUCCUUCUACCUGUUGUACCACCUCCGCCCCUUCCAAGCCGCAGAAAGCCAACCCCUCUGCUCGUAAUGCUUCUGCCGAUAAGAUUUUUGUCCAGAGCUCGAAAACUACGGCAACUACGAAGAACGCAUCAAAGACGAAGAGUACAACUGCAGCUGUUCCAGGAGCAGGUAUAGCUAAGGCUGUAGCCCCGGCAAAAGAUAAUUGCAGUGGUGUAGCACCAUCUUCAUCAUCAUCUUCCGACGUCGAAGCCGGUGGGGAAGAUUCUUCUUCAGAGGACAGUAAAGUCGAGUCCUCUUCGGGUGAGACGAUUGUCAGCUCCUCGGAGGAAGAACAGGACCAGCGAAAGAACAUCGGUGUAGGCGUGGGCACAGGGGCCGCCUCCUCGGCGUCUGCUGGGCGUCAAACUGGUGCAGCUGGUGCAGGAGCCGCGAAGGUGGUCAAUACUAGCAACAAGCGACAGAAUUGUGCUAGUAAAGCUACUACUUCGAAGAUGAAGAUGAGCAAGCAAGCGAAUUUGCGAGGGUCAUCAACAUCCUCCACCUCCUCCUCCACCUCGGACGAAGAAGACGAAUUUGCCUACAAUGGUCGAACUUUUCAGCAGAAGAAGAAGACGGGUAAAAUCGUGGAAAUUGAGGAGGAAAAUUUGAAGGAGGCGAACUACCGCGCUGUGACGAAGGGAGCGACUACACUUCCGUCAGCCACGGGAAAUAGACAGAACGAAAAUAACAAGACGAAAAAACAAAAAAUGAUCAAGACGGACCCGAAGAGCAUGGACGAGGACACGGAGCAUUAUUACAAGGUGAACUGCAAAAAGUGCGGCUCGUGCGUGUGCGAGUUUUUCAACCGGCGCCGAACCGCGAAGGGGAAGCAGGUGGGGCGGAAAAUGUUUCUUCAGUGGUGUCCGGGCUACGGGUCCACGUCCAAAACGCGAAACCCGCAGUGCCAACUCCCGGAAACCUGGACCAAGCAGAACGAAGUGGCGACCAUGACCUUGAUUUUGAAGCAGCACUGGCGGAGUGCGCACUACCGGGAGUGUUUGUCCAAAAAGGACUGGGAGGGGGAGGACAACUGUUGGGAAAUUGAGGAGGACGCGACUUGGCAGCGCCCGGGCCGUGGCGGAAAGAGAAAUGGGUGA